AUGAAUUGGUUUAGAAGUUACUUCUCUAAGUGUCCGGAGGAUAUUUCCUUACUUAACAUACACUCACCUUUGUUGUUUUCAUUCAUAUCAUCUGAAGAUGAACAACAGUUUAUUUCCAACUUGAGAAGCCAUGUACCAGCCUGCACGGUGGUGAAGCAGCCUGUCCGGGGAGCCAGUGGCAGCACCACAAUCACAGCGAUUGUCCAGACUGGCAGGGAUUGGAGCACCGGCCUCUUCAAUGUCUGCAGAGAUAGGAGAAUUUGUUUCUGCGGUUUAUUUUGUCCAAUGUGUCUUGAAUGUGACAUUGCCAGGCAUUAUGGAGAGUGUCUUUUUUGGCCCUUGUUACCUGGGUCCACACUUGCACUGAGAAUUGGCACCAGAGAGAGACAUAAAAUACGGGGAACACUGUGUGAGGAUUGGCUGGCGGUGCACUGCUGUUGGCCUUUUUCCAUCUGUCAGGUGGCCCGGGAACUCAAGAUGAGGACCUCCCAACUCUAUGAACUCUGCGCAGUCCCUUCAACUAAAGAUGCCCUGGUUUGA